AUGGCUGACGUUGAUCUGGUGAAGAAAAUGCUUCGGGCUGUCCUCCAGGCCAACAAGGGUGGAGUGUCACUGUCCCGUAUGCAGUCGGAGUACAAGGAGUUGACCGGGGAACAGAUACCACAUAAACAGAUGGGACAUAACCACCUUGAUGCUCUGCUAUCCAGCAUGCCCACUGUAGUCCGCAUGGAGCGCAACCGCUCCGGAGAGACGGUGUAUUUUGCCACAGGGGCCAAUGAGACGGCCCAUGUAGCCAAGGUGGUGGCUCGCCAGCGCAGCUCCAAGAAGACGGGACGACCCCACCUGGUCAACACACAGAUGAGGGUCAAACCGGCCGCCCCACUCGUCCUAAAUGCCAAACCUCAAACCUCUCUGAGACAGCCAAACCACCGCGGGCGAGGUGGAGGUAGAGGAGGAGGCGGCGGCCGCGGGGCUGGACAUGGAGACUUUAAACAGGGGAGGGACAUGAGGGAUGGCCAGUCGGAGGGCAAGACUGGGGCGCAUCCAAACAAGAUGUCCAAUCAGAACACCAACAGGAAAUCAAACCCCCCUGCGGAGAAGUCAGACAAGAGGAUGACCCUCCCAUCACGGUUUCAGAAGGAGGUACACGCUCACCUUUCCAGAAACUCCCAACAGACUAGUUCUCCUUCGAAUCUGAAUGAGAGCGUUGGCUCAGGGAAAGGAAAGCCCUACAAUCCUCAGCAGGUCCAGGGUCGUAUCAAAGAGAUCCUGGGGAAGUACAGUAAUGGCUUCUGGGUGUCCAAGCUGCCUCAGAUCUACAGAGAGCUGUACAAGCAGGACAUGCCCACUGAGGCCAUCAAAGACCUCGAUACCUGGACACACAUAUGCACUGUAGAGAAAACUUGCAGCAGCAACCCAUCAGAGCUGCUUCUCUACCCCGCCAAAGAACAGACCACUACAUCCUCCCCUUCGAUAAUCCUUAACCCAAAUUCCACUGCUGCCCCUGCCCCAACUUUAAACACCCCAACAGACAAACCCGUGCAGUCCCCGGCCCAACAGAGACCCCCUAACUCCCAUCGAACACGCUCCAAUUCAAACCCUCCUCAGUCGCCUCGAUCGUCCUCCUCGUCCCCCAGCCCUCCAUCCUCCCCCGCGACCCUCACCCCCGACCUGAAGCUGAAACUGGAGGAGCUGCUGGUGAAGUACUCCAAUGGCCUGUGGGCCCACGCACUACCCAAGCUGUUCCAGGACACAUACAAAACCAAACUGCCCGGACAUGUCCUGGAGAACCUUCACCUCCUCUCUGAUUUCUGCACCAUCGACUACCCGAUGCCUGACAACCCUAAGAGAGCCAUCCUGUACAGGAGGAGCAGCGCUGGAGGUGGAGGAGGAGAAGACGAGAACUGUAAUAGGAGGAACUCUUCAGCCAGUGAGGAGGACAUGAGGGUGAGGCAGGAGCUCGGGAGGAGGCUCAGUAACCAGGCGGUGCCCUCUUUGCAGAUCCCCAAAGAAGAGUACCCUUCUAUACUGGUGGUGGAAGCCACCAACACCAAUGGAGUCAUACUCAGGUACAUUGGUGAAGGUUAUUCCCAGGCCCAGGAGUCCAUGGAAGAUGAAAUGAGGGAGUUUUACGGCCUGGACAAAACCAGUCCAAGUCCUUUGUCUUCUCCAUCCUCAGGCCAACUUGUUGCUGUCAGGGCUGAGGAGGAGGAAGAGAUUCUGAGGGCUCAAGUUUGCGAAGUCAUGGCCGAGAAGGUCAAGGUGUACUAUGUGGAUCAUGGAUUUUCGGAAGUGAUCAGCAAAACCAAAGUGUUUGAGCUGAACGAGAAGUUUUUCAAACUGCCUUUCCAGGCAACCAAGUGUAAACUGGCAGGCCUGGAGCCUUUCUGCCAGGAGCCUGCUGUGCUGAAGAAAUUUGAAACAAUGGCAAGUGGACGAAUCCUGUUGGCUGAGAUCCUACAGAGAGGCCAGACCCCUCUGGUUGUUCUGUAUGACACGUCACAGGAUGAUGACGUCAACAUCAACGCUGCCUGCAUGAAAGCCCUGCAGGACAAGACACUUGCCAGUCCAUUACAGGUUAACAGCGCUUAUAUGAAUGUGACCGUCAGCAGCGUCUGCUCCGAUGGGACCAUCUACUGUCAGCUGCCCUCCAGAGGUCUUGCCAAGCUCAAUGAGAUACUGGAGAAAAUUGAGACGUACUUCCACUCACAGGUUACGUCCGAAUUCCUGGUGUCCAAACCUUUCUGUGGGAAAGUAUGUCUGGCACGAUACAAAGGAAAAUGGUCUCGCGUUGAGAUAACCAACCUGCACGGCAGCAGAGUGUUAGACAUCCUGUUCAUUGAUGUGGGCGUCCAGGCUUCUGUAGAGGUGUUUGAGCUAAGAGAGAUCCCGCCACCAUUCCUCCGUGACCUUAUGGCCAUCCCACCACAGGCUGUGAAGUGCUGUCUGGCCGACCUGGCUGUCAGUGUUGGAUCCUGGACUCCUGAUGCUGUCCAGUGGCUUCGAGAGAAAGUGCUCAACACCACUGACUGUAGCAUGAAGGUUGCCAAAGUGGAUGAAAGCAAGCGCUGCGUCUACGUCCACCUGUUCACUGACAAGAACUUCCAUGACCCGGCCCGCAGCCUCAACCAUCAGAUGGCCCAGUCGGACCUGUUCAAACAGCAGCCAGAUGUCUUCCUGACGAGCCACAGCCCUGUCAAGAUCUCCACACUCACCAAGACUUCCAACACCAGUGAGUCCACCAAUGGCAGUCCAACAUCAACGACUAUCCCAAGCAAGCCUCAUCUCAGAAGGGCUCUAUCCGGACCGAGAGUAGGCGGAGGAAGCAUCACAACCACCAUCAGUACACCAGAGACACCAUCAUCCCCCUCACCUUCUCUCCAGCUGCCACCACUACAAGAGCUGCCCCCAGCAGGAAGCAACAUAGAUGUCUAUGUGUCAGUGGCGUGCCAUCCAGGCCACUUUGUGCUGCAGCCCUGGAGAGAUAUGUACAAAUUGGUGGUGCUGAUGGGAGAGAUGAUUCUCUACUACAACAAAACGGAUGAGAAACCACUUAACAUAGAGAAGAAUCAGAUUUACGCCGCUAAAGUGGAGAACAACUGGCAUCGUGUGCUAGUGAAGGGAGUUCUGACCAAUGGGUUGGUGUCUGUGUACGAGUUGGACUAUGGUAAACACGAACUGGUCAGCUGCACCCAGCUCAGACCUCUCAUCAAGGAGUUCAGACAGCUGCCAUUCCAGGGCAUCACUGCUCAGUUGGCUGGAGUAAAGCCGAGGCAGUGGUCAGAGGAGGCUUCCAUCGUUUUCAGAAACCACGUGGAGAAGAAACCCCUUGUGGCCCAGCUGGAGGCCAUACAGGAAGCCUCAAAUCCGUGGGACAGGAAGUUGACAGUCUUCCUGGUCGACACUUCACAGGAAGAAAGGGACAUCUGGGUGCAUGACAUCAUGGCUGAGUUUGCUGAUGAGCUGACCAAUGAGAUGUAG